AUGUGGGCGUUCGGACGUCGCGCAGCUACGGGCUUGCUGCCCCGGACGGGGUCCCGGGCCUCCGCCUGGGUCGGGAACCCGUGCGGGAGGGAACCGAUCGGAACCUGCGGCCGCCGAGGCCUACACGUCACAGCCAACGCCGGCGCCAUCCGCCACGCUCAUUCGAACCUCCACUACCCCGGUCGGAUUCUGAACAUCAAAAAGCAGAGAGUCUUCGUGGUGCAUUUGAGGAACUCAGGGACUCUGAACAACCCAAGCUCUCUAGAUGAGACAGCUUAUGAAAGACUCGCAGAAGAGACACUGGACGCCCUGGCAGAGUUCUUUGAAGACCUUGCAGACAAGCCCUAUACCCUGGAGGACUAUGAUGUCUCUUUUGGGGAUGGCGUGCUCACCAUUAAGCUGGGUGGGGAUCUAGGGACCUACGUGAUCAACAAGCAGACCCCAAACAAGCAGAUCUGGUUGUCCUCUCCCUCCAGUGGCCCCAAGCGCUAUGACUGGACCGGGAAGAACUGGGUGUACUCCCAUGAUGGCAUGUCUCUGCAUGAGCUGCUGGCCAGGGAGCUGACUAAAGCUUUAAACACCAAACUGGACUUGUCUCCAUUGGCCUAUUCUGGAAAAGACACUUGACUGCCAGCCAGGUUCAAAGACAUUAAAAACCAUCAGGUGAAGACUCCAGCCUCCUUCUGUAGCUGAAUGUCUGAUUUCCUAUACCUGCUUCUGAAGAUAGUCACACUGUGUGUGACAGCUCUGUAAAACAAAGUGUGUCACCUCCCACCCUG